AUAUGUGGGAGACAUGUUGGCUUGGCUGCAUCAGGCUACUGCUUCCGAAAAAGAGCACCUGGAGGCUCUCUUGAAACACAUAACCACAGAAGGAGUGGAAGAAAAUAUGCAAGAAAUAGUUGGGCACAUCACAGAAGGGGUUUGCCGGCCACUCAAGGUUCGAAUUGAACAGGUGAUUAUAGCUGAACCUGGUGCAGUCCUUCUGUAUAAAAUUUCUAAUCUUCUCAAAUUUUAUCAUCACACCAUUAGUCUAGACGCACUGCGGGGAGGCGAGGUGAGCGGAAUUUCGGGCUGGCGGCGGAGACAAUGAACAGUGGCUAAAGCGAGCAAGAGCUCAACCCAGCCAAGUCGAACUUGUAAGAGGAAGAGGUACCUGCCUGAAAAGGAGAGGCGGUGGUUGAAUUGG